CACCCUGUUCCCAAAAUGGUCACUAGUUACUCUAUCAACAAUUACGAAAAGUGCAGCCUAUAAAGCCUCCAGAGAAUUAAGAUGGACCUGGGGAAGUAUUUGCCGUUUUCUUUUGGUCCCUCCGACCUGAAUUUGGGCCCAGAAGAGGGCUUAUCGUCCGCCAUCCUGGGACCAUCUCCGGGAUUGGGGGCUUCUGGGGGCCCACCCAUGUUCCGUUGUCCCGUUUGUUCCCGGAGUUUCUCCGCCCUAGCCGCCUAUGAGACCCACCUCCAAACCCAACACGUCACCACCCAAUGCCCCCUGUGCCUGGUGCUGCUAGACCAGACCCAUUUUUCCAAGCACCUUUACAACCAUCACCGACACAAUCUUGACCCUCAGUUCCUUCAAAGCCAGAACCUGACCCAAUGUCCCACUUGUUUGAAGGUGUUGAAUGCGUCCUAUUUUAUGAAACACUUUAAAGGAUUCCACGAAGCCCACAUUUGCGCUCAUUGCUCCGCGGUCUUGGCCGGGGAGAAGGCAUGGGAAAAGCAUUUCAAAGACCAACAUCAAGGUCUGGACAUCCUGCCGGGGUCGGUGGUGGGCUCAUUUUUCUGUUGCCAUUGCGAUUUCUCCUGUUCUCUGGAAAUUGAGUAUCAACAGCAUCUGAGCGUUUGUCGCCAACCCGCGGACAGUCAUGAUUUCGAAGUCACGGGUGAGGAAGAAGUCUUGUGCGAAAUGGCGGUUGAUCCCAACCAGAACGUGAUUGAGUUGGGCCAAAUCACCCACACUCAAGAUCCGGAAACACGAGAGAUUCGACCCAUUUUUGUACCUGUGGAAGCGAGUGUGUGGAACUCCCAGGCUGAAAAGCUGUGCGCGGAAAUGAAUCCAUCCAAGAAAUCUCGAAAGACCAAAAACAGUCGCGAAGUCAGGCUGCCCGAUGGUUCGAAAGGGUUUGAUCUAAGUCAAUCGAAGAGAGAUCAGUGUUUGGAGGCCCAAGCUGUCGCCAAUGUCGAAGCCGCAACGAAACCCGCUGUGAAGUGUCGGAAAGUUCAUUUCAAUUGAUGUUUUCUUUCCAGCGGAUUGUCCCACUACUCAGCACUUGGCCAAAUAUCAUGCUCCAACCCAUUGUCCCACUAUCUUGUGUCAUUCGUGCGGAGCUGGUUUCGAAUCCAAGUAUGCUUUAAGGCAACACUUUUGCUCGCUUCACACGGAAAUCACUCUGAAAGAGGAAGUUCUUGAAUAAGUUGAAGUCUAUGUCUAUGUGGGGUAUUGGAGGCAAGAGUAUUGUAUGCCAGUGGUUUGGAAAAUAAACCAAGAAGGUUUUA